AUGCUGCUCGACGAGAACCCCUCUACACUUAUCCAUCACACAAUCGGCAACUUUAACAUCGCGCCCGACAAACAAGCCGUCUCCCGCAUCAAUGACUCCCUUGCGACACUCCAACAGUCUCGCGAUCUACGCAUCCGCGAGGCCGAGUCUGCCCUGCGAAAACUCUCGCGUCACCUCCAGUCGUUAAACACCCAACAUGAUGAGGCCGUCGUCGCCCACGAUGCGAGUAAACACUCAACUGCCAUGGUCGAGCUAGACACGAAGAAAUUCCGCGUUGCAAAGGCUGCAUCCGAACUAGAAAUUGAGAGCGAACGGCUCGAGAGCGAGCUGGAGAUGCUGAAGGAACGGCUGGCGGAUCUGGAAGCGCAGGGUAUUGAAGGCGAUGAGCCGACGCGGAGAGAGAGGGAAGCCGACGACUCCAUUCUGCUCCGUUUGAAAAUCUACCGCGCCUUGGGCAUUGAUAUUGAACCCGACGAGGCGGGCAACUUCACCAAAGCUGUCAUCCGCAACAGCCGCAAGAGCGAUGUCCACGUCGUCAACCUCGAUCCGAAAUUCUCGCGCUUCUUCUAUUCCAACUAUUUCUGGUCGACUAUGCAGGGCUAA